AGACUACUUGCUUCUUCGUUAUUCUUGUUCGUUCUUCUUGUUAUGUUCAUUAAGUUGUAUAUACCUAUGAUUAAUAAAUCCAAUAAUAUUUCGGAACCAACACAACUAAGAUAGAAAUUCACGAUGUAUUGUUUAAAGAUUAUGGUUAGCCCUAACUGAGGAAUAAAGUAACAUAACAUCAUCUAAUAAAAUGAGGGACGUGUAUGAUCUUGCAAUAAGAAACUUGAACUUGAUAAAACUUUAGUUGGCCACUUCUGAUCUUACAAAUUGUCAUAAAAUGAAAGAUAGUGAAGAUCAAGAAAGCUCUACAGUAGGUGAUGGAAAUAGGAAAACACAAUGUAGCUAUGGUGAAGGAUGUUACCGGAAAAACCCAUCACAUUUUGAAGAGUUUGAGCACAGGCAUUUGGAUUUGAUUUUGGAAUCAUUUAAAAGAACAGGAUCAGACAAGUUACCUGACAAUGUAAAACCAAGGAUCAGUCCAAAGACUCUCCAAGAGCAGUUGGAAAUUCUGAAGAAACUUUCGACCAACAAAGAAUCUCCCUCUGUCAGACCAAACAAUGCCGAAACAGGAUCAUCAAACAACACGAGUUUUGGCCGGAAAAGAUUAAUCACGGCUGAAGGUAUCCGAGACAGUCUCGACAACAGUCCUUUGGCAAAGAGAGAAAAAAGUUCCUCAGGGUCAAGAAAUGAUUCUGGAAACAACAGUUCUAACAACAACGAUAUAAAGAAAACUAUGGCCACCCAAUCAAGCAUCCCAGUCAGUAGUGAGGAGCACCGUAGACGCAUGCAAGAAUCCCGCAACAUAGGAGAGGCCAUGAAGUACAUCCAUGAGGCCAAGAAACGCAGCCAAGGAAAGAUCUGUGAGAAGCUCAAGGCUGCUAGUCCAUACAACUUCUUUCUUACAUCCAUCACGGAUUCAAAGAAAACACAUACGGAGCCCCUGUCACUGUUGAUGCACGACAUUUUAGACCCAUCUCUGGGAGACUUGGAGUCCUCACUCCAAAUCAACUUCAUGGUAGAGUUUGGAUGGCUAGUGGCCCAAUAUCAUAUUGCAGGGCAGAGGGGGAAACCAAUAACAUUGUUGUAUGGUCAAAUGGAUGUUGCAAACCUGAGUUUUCCCAAUGUUACCGCAGUUGAAAUUAAAUGUCCAUCACCAUUUGGUAGUCACCAUACUAAGAUGUGUGUGCUGGCGUAUCGGGACGGCAGUGUGAGAGUCUGCGUACACACAGCCAACCUCGUAGAGUCAGACUGGGACAACAGAGCACAAGGAGUGUGGUUGUCUCCUCUGUGUCCUGCGUUGUCUCUAGACGCAGACUCUGCGGCAGGGGAGUCUCCCACAAACUUCAAGCAGGACUUGAUGCAGUACCUGUCUGCGUACCGCCGCCCGGAACUGCAACCCUGGCUCGGGAAAUUGCGUCGGGCCGACUUUUCAAACGUAAAUGUGUUCUUUGUGGCGUCAACCCCCGGCUCACACAAGGGCGUGGACAGAGACAAGUGGGGAUUGCCCAAGUUAGCAGGGCUGCUUCGCACACACGCACGUAUCAAGCCUCGUAGUGACGCCCCGCCACGCACCUGGCAGAUCAUUGUGCAAUGCUCCUCCAUCGGCAGUCUCGGACCGCAGCCCACGUCUUGGUUCUGUGGUGAAGUAAAAUCAGCGAUGAGCAACGGGGUGGGGAUGGGAGUACAGUCGCCACCUCCCAUCAGACUGGUUUAUCCCAGUUUCGACAACGUAGCUGCUAGUCACGAUGGACUGUUGGGAGGAGGAGGUCUACCGUACUCUCGGAGAACUCACGAGAAACAAGAGUGGCUCAAGCAAUACCUUUUCCAAUGGAAGUGUGACAGCAGACAUCGUACGAAGGCAAUGCCCCACAUCAAGACCUACACUCGUAUAUCCCCAGACUUGUCAGAACUCGCCUGGUUUCACCUGACAUCUGCCAAUCUGUCCAAGGCUGCGUGGGGCUCCACCACUAAGGCGGGCGCUACCACCAUUCUGUCCUACGAGGCGGGAGUACUAUUUAUUCCAAAGUUUGUGACAGGAACACUCAGUUUUCCAGUCAGCCAGGUAACCGGUGGCGCUCAGGAAUUUCCGAUGCCUUACGAUGUUCCACUGACUCCUUACACUUCAAGUGACGUGCCUUGGUUCAUGGACAACCUGACAUAGUGCACUAACAUCUACAUUGCAUUAAUUUGUUAUGAGGAUUACGCAUGUCUCAUUGUUUUAUUGUAUUUACUAUUUUUUAUAUCAAUGCAUUUAUUAAAUAAAUAAUUUAUUUUUGUCA